UACCUACUGUUUGUUCUUUUCCCUUGCAUUCACUCAAAAUAAAUAAAUAAAAAGAAAACAGAAAAUUAAUAAAUUUUUAGAAAGCCGGACAGCUCUGUAGGUUGAAAACGAUUUGUAUAAUAAAUCUCGACUGUUUUUUAUUGCUUACUAAAAAAAUUUCUCUAGUUUUAAAACUUGUCUUUCCACGUUAAAAAAAUUUUCCGAAAUCAAAUCUCUUAAUUCUAAAUUUUCAGUUUCUCGCUUUUCUCUAGGUUUCAAGCGAGCUCAAACUUUACACAAAUCUUCUACUAUCUAUAGUACAUCCUAUAUUUGUGUUUCUCUUUCAAUAAAAUCUUAAAAUCAUCCAAAUUAAUUUCAUACCCUUUUCUCACAAAAUGCCGUCCAGAAUGUUCAGAAUUAUAAGAAAACUCUGUAAGAAUGAAUGCAUCAUCCACAUAACUGCGCCAAUAGACAACACUAUACACAGUACUAAAAUACUGAUACUAUCUCACCAAAUUUUAAUAAACUUACGUUUGCUCCGAAGUCAGCAGUUGGACGGCAUUUUGUGAGAAAAGGAUAUGAAAUUAAUCUGGAUGAUUUUAAGAUUCUAUUGAAAGAGAAACACAAAUAAAAACUCUUAAUUAAAGAAUCCAUAGUAAUUAGAGGUAUAAAAUCUGUUUUGAAUAGUACAGACUGAUCCAUACCAUUAUAUGUAUAUACAGAUAGUGCAAAGAAAUCAAGCUUAUCGUUAAGUAUUACGGGAUGGUCAUUAUUUUGUAUUCGUUCAGUUAUUUUCCAUUUUCCAUGUACAUCGUUCUAUUCUGUAUUUACUAAUAUCAAUCGGUGAUUAAUGAAAUGGAAUUCGAAAGCCAAUACGAAUAGCCAUACUUGAGUUUUUCGUGUGUCUCUUAGAUAAAUUUACAUUUUUCACAGUUUUAUUUUUCACUUCAUAAUGACCAGUUAAGGCUGAAAUAUUGUGAAUAAAACUAAAAAAUGUUUUGAUUUUAUUUAUCUGUUAUAAUUCUCAAUAUUUAUCUCUUAAUUUGAUUUUAUCUCUAUUUAUAUGUAGAAGUUUUUUUGUUAGUUAUUAGCUAAAACUAUAUUUUUAUAAUAAACAACGGAGAAAUAUGUUAGACAAUACAAAUGUACCAAAUUAGAAAUGAAAUAAUUUGAGUGAGAAAUAUUACUUUGAUUGAAAUACCCUUUGCGUAAUAUACGAAGGUAAAUCAAAGAUUAGAAUUAUUCGAUAAAUUAGUGGUUCUCAUUAGAAAACUUCAGUAACCUAUUUCGUUUUAGACCACAACGAAAUGCAAUAUUAUCGUAUUGAUAGGAGAUCAUGAGUCGAAAAUUUUAUUCUAUUUUUUCGCAAGUUUGUAAAGAAACUAGUUUGUUAAAACAAACUAAUUCUUAUACAAGACAUAUUGUUCGAUGGGCGUCCGAUAACUUAUCUUCUGAUGAGACAUCCAAAGAUCUGUCUCAGACAAGAACGUCCAAAGAUCUGCCUCAAACAACAACAUCAUCAUCAACUCCAUCUACAGAAGUUUCAAAAAAAAGCUUUUCUUUAAUAAAUCCAAGUAAUGCUCAUACAAUCAAACGUAUAGACGAUGUGCCCGAAAAUGGUACCAUUGAUUAUAUUCGAAAUCGUCUAACAAUUAAAAGUAAGCUUGUUGUGAUUAAUAGUAGAAAUUUAAAAUUUGGUUAUUGUUUUGAAGGACUUAAUAUUCCAAUUCAAACUGAUGUAUUAAUCAUUGGUGGUAGUGUAAUCGGCUCAUCAAUUGCGUAUUUUAUUAAAGAACGUGCUCCAGAUUUGUCGGUGACAGUGGCUGAAAGAGAUUGGCAGUAUACAACUGCUAGUACUGUAUUGUCAGCUGGUGGAAUGCGUCAACAAUUUUGUUUGGAAGAAAAUAUUCAAAUGUCAGUAUAUGGUGCAGAGUUUUUGAAACAUAUCCGUAAACAUCUAUCAAUACUAGAUGACAAUAAUCCGCCUGUGAUUGAUUUUUAUCAUAACGGUUAUUUAAUUCUGGCGAGUGAAAAAGGAGCCCCAUUAUUUGAAGAAAAUUAUAAAACUCAAACUUCAUUGGGUGCAAAAGUGAAAUUAUUAUCAUCGAAUCUUUUGAAACAACAAUUUCCAUGGUUAAAUACAGAUGCUGAACUCGUUGGUUUUGAUAAACUUACGCAAAAAUUUCCAAACGGCAAUGAGACAUUUAACCUUGAUAAAGCAUUGCUACUUGCCGCAGAAGAUAAUCAAAUUUAUUCAAUGGAUGCGGCAAUGAUUGUGAAUGCUGCUGGUCCAUGGGCUGGUGAAGUUAGUAAACUGGCAAAUAUAGGCGUCGGAAAGGGUGAUUUUAGUGUUGCACUACCGGUAGAGCCAAGUUAUAAUUAA